AUGGGCGAUUCUGAUAUCGAUAUCAAAAGCAUUUCAAACACGCCGGCUCCUGGCAUCAGCUAUUUCACCCCGUAUCAGAAUCCCCCGGCAGGCCAGGCGGCGAACCCUCAGAGUAAUGGCUCGGCCCCGCCAAAGCUCUUCCAGCCUCUAAAGAUAAGAGGACUGACUCUUCAUAAUCGCAUCGGACUUGCGCCUCUCUGUCAAUAUUCAUCGCCAGAUGGCCAUCUUACCGACUGGCACAUGGCUCACCUUGGCAGUAUUGCGAUCCACGGGGCUGGCUUUGUGAUGGUAGAGGCCACAUCUGUCCUCCCAGAAGGGCGGAUCACCCCUGAAGACUCUGGGCUAUGGAAAGACUCUCAGAUCGAGCCUCUAAGGCGGGUCGUCGAGUUUGUUCAUAGCCAGAGCCAGGUUAUUGGCAUCCAACUUGGCCAUGCUGGCCGCAAAGCCAGCACGUUUGCUCCAUGGCUGUCGUCUGGCGACCUUGCCCGCGAGAAUGUGGGUGGCUGGCCAGAUAAUAUUAAAGGCCCAAGUGAUAUCCCUUGGGGUCCGCGACUAGGGAAGCCGAAGGCCAUGACAAAGGCAGAUAUUGAAGAAUUCAAGGAGGCCUUUGGUGCAUCCGUGCGUCGUGCUGUGACUGCCGGUGUCGACUUUAUUGAAAUCCACAAUGCCCACGGAUAUCUACUGUCGUCGUUCUUGUCCCCGACCUCAAAUAACCGAACUGAUGAGUACGGUGGUUCGUUUGAGAACCGAAUGCGCCUCACCAACGAGAUCGUCGAUAUCUGUCGCAAAAAUAUGCCUGAAGACAUGCCUCUGUUUCUCCGUGUCUCAUCUACCGAGUGGCUCGAAGAGUCCCGGCCUGACUUACCCAGCUGGACGGUGGAGGACACAGUUCGCUUUGCCGAGGUACUGGCUGAAGGCGGCAAGGUUGACUUCAUCGACAUCAGCUCUGGCGGCAAUCACCCAGACCAAAAAGUGAGGGGCGCACUACCUGGCGUGCCUUAUCAUGCUCCGAUGGCAAAGGCCGUCAAGAAAGCUGUUGGUGAUCGGAUGCUCGUUGGCGUUGUCGGAAACAUCACCACCGGCACAACCGCUAACCGACUAUUAGAGGAGGACGGCCUGGAUUACGCUCUCGUUGGUCGCUGGUUCCAAAAGCAUCCUUCACUUGUAUGGUCUUUUGCCGAAGAGCUGGGGGUUGACCAUAAAGUUGCCAACCAAAUGUCAUGGCCCUUUGGAGGAAGAGGAUCUACUACAUAUUUGAAAGCUGCACAGAAGAAUUAG